AUGGUGGAGCCCAUGACGGCAGCACCCCAAGGGCUGUGGAACCAGACAGCCUUUCUGGGAAGCCCAGAGGCGGUGGUCCGUCAGAAGGGAACACGGGUCAGGGAGCUCAAAUUGGCAAGGGCAGAACAGAACAACCAGGGGCGAAACGCUCAAAAAUUCCCCGCCGACAAGAUCCUGUCUGGAGAGGACUGGAAUUCAAUCAUGUACGAUGGGACCAUGGUGUGGGGCCCAUCCUUUCCUGGCAUGCUGGUCUGCAUCUACUUUAUCAUCCUCUUUGUUUGUGGGAACUAUAUCCUCCUCAAUGUCUUCCUGGCCAUUGCAGUUGAUAACCUGGCUGAGGCCGAGAGCCUGACCUUAGCCCAGAAGGCCAAAGCAGAGGAACGCAAGCGGCGGAAGAUGUCCAGAGGUUACCCAGAGAAAUCUGAAGAUGGCAAGCAGAUGCUGGCAAAGAAGCUUGAGCAGAAAAUGAAGGGAGAAGGGAUUCCCACAACAGCCAAGGUCAGUGCUGUGGACGAAUUUGAAUCCCAUGUCAAUGAGAUCAAAGACCCCUACCCUUCUGCAGACUUCCCAGGUGAUGAUGAGGAAGAUGAGCCUGAAAUCCCCCUGAGUCCUCGGCCACAUCCACUCGCAGAACUACAGCUGAAAGAGAAGGCCGUGCCCAUGCCUGAAGCCAGCUCCUUCUUCAUCUUCAGCCCAACCAAUAAGUUUCGGAUGCUGUGCCACAGAAUUGUCAAUGCCACCUGGUUCACCAACUUCAUUCUGCUCUUCAUUCUGCUCAGCAGCAUCUCGCUGGCAGCUGAGGAUCCCAUCCGGGCCGAGUCCUUCCGCAACCAGAUUCUUGGAUACUUUGACAUUGGUUUCACUGUCUUCACAGUUGAAAUAAUCUUGAAGAUGACAGCCUAUGGUGCUUUCCUGCACAAAGGCUCCUUCUGCAGGAACUCUUUCAAUAUCCUCGAUUUGCUGGUGGUCGCUGUCUCCCUCAUCUCCAUGGGAAUCGAGUCCAGUGCCAUCUCAGUGGUGAAGAUUCUCCGGGUGCUGAGGGUACUGAGGCCUCUGCGAGCCAUUAACAGGGCAAAGGGGCUGAAGCACGUGGUCCAGUGCGUGUUCAUGGCCAUCAAGACUAUCGGUAACGUUGUGGUCAUCACAACGUUGCUGCAGUUCAUGUUUGCCUGCAUCGGGGUCCAGCUCUUCAAGGGCAAGUUCUAUAGAUGCACAGAUCCAUCCAAGGUGACGGAGAAGGAGUGCAGGGGUUAUUUCGUCAACUACGUGGACGGGGACCCCACACGGAUUGAGCUAGAGAAGCGUGUCUGGUUGCACAGCAACUUCCACUUUGACAACGUCUUCUCAGCCAUGAUGUGGCUUUUCACCGUCUCCACCUUCGAGGGCUGGCCAGAGUGA